AUGAAUGACUUGUUUAAACCUCUACCUGAACCACCUACCGAGUUGGGACGUCUCAGGGUUCUUUCUAAAACUGCCGGCAUAAGAGUUUCACCGCUAAUUCUGGGAGGAGCUUCAAUCGGCGACGCAUGGUCAGGCUUUAUGGGCUCUAUGAAUAAGGAACAGGCUUUUGAACUUCUUGAUGCUUUUUAUGAAGCAGGAGGUAAUUGCAUUGAUACUGCAAACAGUUACCAAAAUGAAGAGUCAGAGAUUUGGAUAGGUGAAUGGAUGAAAUCAAGAAAGUUGCGUGACCAAAUUGUAAUUGCCACCAAGUUUACCGGAGAUUAUAAGAAGUAUGAAGUAGGUGGCGGUAAAAGUGCCAACUAUUGUGGUAAUCACAAGCGUAGUUUACAUGUGAGUGUGAGGGAUUCUCUCCGCAAAUUGCAAACUGAUUGGAUUGAUAUACUUUACGUUCACUGGUGGGAUUAUAUGAGUUCAAUCGAAGAAGUUAUGGAUAGUUUGCAUAUUUUAGUUCAGCAAGGCAAGGUUCUAUAUUUAGGAGUAUCUGAUACACCUGCUUGGGUUGUUUCUGCGGCAAAUUACUACGCUACAUCUCAUGGUAAAACUCCUUUUAGCGUCUAUCAAGGUAAAUGGAAUGUAUUGAACAGGGACUUUGAGCGUGAUAUCAUUCCAAUGGCUAGGCAUUUUGGUAUGGCUCUAGCCCCAUGGGAUGUCAUGGGAGGUGGAAGAUUUCAGAGUAAAAAAGCAAUGGAAGAACGGAAGAAGAAUGGAGAGGGUCUGCGUACUUUUGUGGGUGGCCCCGAACAGACAGAAUUGGAGGUUAAAAUCAGUGAAGCAUUGAAUAAAAUUGCUGAGGAACAUGGAACUGAGUCUGUUACUGCUAUCGCUAUUGCCUAUGUUCGCUCUAAAGCGAAAAAUGUUUUCCCAUUGGUUGGAGGAAGGAAAAUUGAACAUCUCAAGCAGAACAUUGAGGCUUUGAGUAUUAAAUUAACACCGGAACAAAUAGAAUACCUGGAAAGUAUUGUUCCUUUUGAUGUUGGCUUUCCCAAAAGUUUAAUAGGAGAUGACCCAGCGGUAACCAAGAAGCUUUCACCCCUCACAUCGAUGUCUGCCAGGAUAGCUUUUGACAAUUAG